UUAAUAUCAAUAAUCACCGAUUAACCCCAUUCAGUUUUCUGGUUUUGUGUGCAUAAUCAAUAUCUCAAAAGUCAGAUUUUUGCUUUGGUUUUCGUGAGAAUUUCAACUCUCCAAUCACAUAAUUGGUUUUGGUUUUUGUUUCGUGAAAAGUCAGGUUUUUAUUUGGAUUUUGUUUCUUUGUUAAACCCAGUUCUUUCGCUUCCGCUCAUUAAUUAUGGAGAACACAACUCUAUUAUCAACCUCGGCCGUGGACAUUCCGGCGACCCCUGCCACCCCUGCGCAAGAAUCGACACCUUUGCAGCAACUAUCCGGCAACCACCGGCCAAUCCCUUCCGGUUCGCAGCCAACAACAUCUACUGGCGCACCACCCACCUUCACCUGGAAGCCGGCAAACACCAUGCCCCGCCGCCUAUUUGAGGGAAACUCCAUACAGACUGGUCACGUUGGCAAUUUGGGUCAUUGUCCUGUUACAGGAACAGGAAAUUUGGGCUCCUUGAGUUUCGGUUCUUACGGAGUAGACUAUGACUCUUAUGGAUUUUCUCAGCAUCCUCCCCCCCAGGGUCACACGCAGGGUGCUUUUGGUGGACCCACAUUCGUGGGCAGUCAGGGACUGUCACCUCCUGUCUCAACGCCGAGUGGUUUCGGCCCACCACCCGGAUUUUAUCCUUACGGUCCGACUUUGUCUCAAUUGUCGGGAAUUUGGUAACUUCAACAUCUAAUGUUAAAAAUAUAGUUACUACUGUUCUUACUACUGUUGAAAAUUAUUUACCUUGGCGUACGCAGUUUGAAUCUUUUUUGGUUUCUCCUGGCCUGUUAGGCUUCAUUGAUGGUUAUAUUACUAUGCCUAAUAUGUUUGUAUUUGAUAAUCAAAACCGACAACCUAUGAAUCCUGAUUAUUAUCAUUGGCUAAGAAUAGAUCAAACUUUACGUUGUUGGUUAUUUGCGACUUUCUCUCAAGAUAUGCUUGUUGAGGUGCAUGAAGUUAAGUUUUUUGCAUUUGCUUUGGGAGAGACUUCAAUCUCGUUUUAUGCAUGCUAGUAUGACCCGUUCUAUGGAGUUGAAAACUUUGUUACAACAUGUUGCUAAGCAAGAAUAUCAAUCUAUGGAGUCAUAUUUGCGUGAAGUGAAAAUUCUAGCUGAUUCUCUGGUUGCGAUUAACUCUCCAGUUUCUACUCAUUACUUGAUUUUUCACACUUUGAUGGGUCUUGGUCAAGAUUAUGAUGCCAUGACAAGUCAAUUUCUAAAAUUUAGUGGCCACAUUCCUUUUACUGAUGUUCGUCGGGCUUGUUAAGUCACGAGCAACUUAUUAAAGGUCGUCAGGCUAGGGAACAAGGUUUUGCCACACAUCAGGCAUUCUUGGCUAGUACUCGUUCUGUCUCAAAUCGAUCGGACAACAACUCCACUUCCACUAAUGCAAGGAAUAAUUCUGAGGGAUCUCGUGGCAACAAUGGGGGUCGUGGGGUGGAAAAUUAAAGGUCGUGGAAAAGGUUGUGGUGGUCGUGGAAAAGGCCGUGGUGGGGGUGCAAACCAAACACAAGCCCAAACACAAAAUUCAGGAGGUACAACUUUAUGUAAUUCUGUUUUGUCAUCUGAUUGUGUUGUUGUUGCUCUUGCGUCCUGCGGUACUAAUAAUUUAUUUGCAGGGAAUUCUAAUGUAGAGGGUGUGUUUGGUCCUAGUCCUACCAAUAUAGUCUGUCAAAUCUGUUUCCAUCCAGGUCAUUCUGCAAUUGCUUGCCUAUCUUGUUAUUAUCAGAAUUCGAAUGCCGCUCUGGCUAGUCUUCCCACAAGAGAGCAUAAUGAGACUACUUGGUUUCCUGAUUCCGGAACAUCUUCUCACAUGACUAACGACCUCGGACAACCAGUCGGGGGAGGUGCUUCUCAAAGCUUCUAGUCAAGGCAGUGUCUAUCCCAUCACCCUUACCAACCAACCUAGGAGAUCCGUGGCUUUUGCGUCAAUCACAGCUCCAGGUCCUACGUGGCAUCGUCGUCUUGGUCAUUGUGGUGAUAGAGUAUUAGGUGCUCUUAAGAGCAAUAAGGCAAUUGUUUGUGCUAGUAGUAAUGUGUUUGAUUGUGUUUCAUGUUGCUUAGGAAAGUCUCAUAGGCUACCGUUCCAAGAUGUAAUACACUCGUUUGAUAAACCUUUGCAAUUAGUUCAUUCGGAUUUGUGGCAAUGGCCUGUUUUGUCAAAC